CGCCCGCAGGAGCUGCUCUUCCAAGUUCACAAACCGCUGGCUGUGUUUGGAUAGUUUGGAUAGCUGUCCCACUGAGUCAGAUUCCACAGCUUUAGCGUUGCCUUUACAAUUGUUGUGCUUUGGAUGGACACACUGAGUUCAGGUCAACUUUAUGUUUUUAUUUUCUGGCCUCUAACAUUUAAUCAUUUAAACUUUUUUUCUGGCGUUGUUUCGCUAUCCAGAGUGAUUUCUGUGGAUGGCGAGGUCUAACCAAGAUGGAAACGGGUUGUCUGCCGGUUGAAGACUAGAUAACGGCUUCACACACUAAAUGUAGACUUUAUUUUUUCUGAUGAAAACGUGUUUUCUGUGAACUGUGUAGCCGGACUGGGCCAUUUCCAUCCCGGAGUUCACAAUCCUAUAAUGAACAUUUUCCCACUGGAGUUUCGGUGAACUUUUUCCCACGACUCGCCAUGUCGGGAGUGGUCCGCACCCUGAGCCGCUGUCUUCUCCCGGCCGAGGCCAGCCGGGACCCCGGCGGCAGCAAGGAGGGGAGCCGGGAGAGGGACGCGGCGCAGGAGCGGGAGGCGCGGCGCAGGAGCCGGGAGAUAGACGCGAUGAUCGCCCGGGAGAGGAGAGCCAUUCGGCGCCUGGUGAAGAUCCUCCUGCUCGGGGCCGGGGAGAGCGGAAAGUCCACAUUCCUCAAACAGAUGCGCAUCAUUAACGGGCAAGAGUUUGAUCAGAAGGCACUUCUGGACUUCCGGGACACAAUCUAUGAGAAUAUACUGAAGAGUGAGUCGGUCAAAUACUUCCUGGAUAACUUGGAUCGUAUUGGACAACUGAACUAUAUCCCAAGCAAGCAAGACAUUUUGUUUGCGAGGAAGGCGACUAAAGGGAUUGUCGAGCACGACUUUGUCAUCAAAAAGAUUCCUUUCAAGAUGGUGGAUGUUGGAGGGCAAAGGUCUCAGAGGCAGAAGUGGUUUCAGUGCUUCGAUGGGAUCACAUCGAUACUUUUCAUGGUAUCGUCGUCAGAGUAUGACCAGGUCUUGAUGGAGGAUCGCAGGACAAACCGUCUGGUCGAGAGUAUGAACAUCUUCGAGACGAUCGUCAACAACAAGCUCUUCCUUAACGUGUCCAUCAUCCUCUUCCUCAACAAAACGGACCUGCUGGUGGAAAAGAUUCGCACGGCCGACAUUCGCAAGAACUUCCCCGAGUUCAGAGGGGACCCGCGCAGGCUAGAGGACGUACAGGCAUUCCUGGUGCAGUUGUUUAGUCGUAAGAGGAGAAACCGAGGGAAGCCACUUUUCCACCACUUCACCACUGCGGUAGACACAGAAAAUAUCCGCUUUGUCUUCCAUGCCGUGAAGGACACCAUCCUGCAGGAAAACCUCAAAGAUAUCAUGCUGCAGUGACCUUUACAUCACAGAUGAUGGCUUCUCUGACUGUUAACUGUGAAUCCAGGCCCCGGAGGACUUCUUAGAAAGUCUCCUUUGAUCUGACACAACACCCUGUGAGUGUGUAUUAACACUGACCUGUGGAACUGUCACUUGACCCACACAGAGUGGAUCCUAGUGAACUCUGAACCUGUGGAGCCCUGUAGCGACUGUGGAUCCGUUGACGUUUGGCCCCUGGGGAAUCCUUACGUUUGACCUGUAUAAAUGUGUGAAUGCUGUAAAAAGACCUUUUCCUUGCACAGGUUCCAAAAUGUGUAAAAAACAAAAAAAAACAAACAAAAAAAAAAAAACAAUGUAGAGGAAAGCACCAACUACAUGACGUGAGCACUGAACGUGGUUUUUCUCACAUGUAUAUAAGACUCAUGACAACAUGUCACUAAACCCAGUCAGACUGCUGCCUGUGGAAAUGUAGCUCGAGCUGUGUGAACAAGUAGCGGGAGGGGAAGUAGUGCAAAGAAAGAAUACCGGAGAAAGAAAAACAUGAGGUUUGGAGUGAGCUGAAAAAUGCUCCGUCUUAAAGUACGUGUGACAGAGGGAAGGAGGUUUGGGGGUCCGUACUGGUCAUAUGCUGCGUUAUGUGAAAAGGUUGUACAAGUGUUCCUGUCAAUGAACUUCAGCAGAGGAGGGUGACGAAGCUGUGUUACACUCCUUGUCCUCUCCUGCGCUGCCUUUUCUUUUUUUUUUCUCUCCUCUUGUGUUAAUUCCCUUGUUCCCGCCAUUGUUCAAGAGAUCAACAGCUGCAGAUAACAAGUCUUAUUCUUCUAAUCCCACUCCUCCUCAGCACAGUAGACACAUUGUUCUUCUCCUUCUCCAGCAGAAGAAGGUUACGGUCAAAUUAGUCUCAUCUAAGCUUUAAAAAAAAAAAUAUGCAGAACCACACACGGCUCCUGGUCCUCUAUGAAUUAUAGUUCAUCUCCAUCCAUAUGCCUUUCCCAGGCUUUCCUCUCCCUUCUAUUCUGUGAUUCCCACGGCAUCCCAGUAGAUGUACCACAAUAGCAUAGACUUGACCUGAGGCAUAUUCUAAGUUAAAAAAAAAAAAAAAAAAUCUACAAGAAAGCUUUGGGAUAUGGUUACACUGCUUGUUCCUGUUCUUUUGUCCUGUAAACGUGCCGGGAACAGCAGAAAAUGACGGGUUUGAACUGCAGAUGACCUGAUCCCCAUGUUUUUCGUAGCCAUUUUGGACUUUUGUAGCAGCUGGGGUGGGAAGCCUUCCUAGGAAAAACAUCAAGACAAUAACAAGUGACCUACACAAGCCAGACUGAGGAAAAAAAAAUCACAGGAAAGCUGGUUUAUACAAGUUUUAGUGACUGGCUAGUCUGUGACUUCCUAAUGAGAUCCUAGAAAGUGUCUUUGAAAGAACUAGUUUGACAGUGUAAGGAAAACAGGAAAUUGCCUGGAAAAAAAGUGCUGCACUUAAAUCCAAAUAACUGAUCGAAUAUUUGAUUGUUGUCAAAAAUGCAAUUUCAAUCAUAAGUUUGCCCCAAGAUCAUUUAGUUAAUUGUGCUUUGAAUUGAAAAAAAACCUUCAAAAUUCAUUUUUUUAAAUGAAAUAUGUUUAAAUUUUGGAUUCACGGAAGUUUAUACUGUAGAUAUUCCAAUAUUUUAAAGAAGUGCUGGUCAAUUUAUUUUUUUUUUUUGCAUUAACAACAACAAAAAAAAUGACUGUAUGAAAGGGGUUUGCUCGACGUGAAAAAUACAUUAGUUAUAUUUAACAGCCAUCAUCUCAAGGCUCUCGGGUGUAUCCAGCAUAUAUCUGAUCUGAGACUUCUUGUUCCUUUCUUUGGCCAUCGUUUAUGGAUGCAGAUCAAAAAAAAAAAUCUAAAUCAUCAGAUGAUCGUAGGUGAUUUUCAAAUGCGUUUCAUGUUUUGCUUCACACGCAGAUGGUUUACCUGCAUGUAACCAAAGUGUGUUCAAAUGUGCUCCGUCACACCAAAUGGACACCAGAGCUUUUGUUAUCUGUUCAGUUUCAGACAGUUUCCAUAUAUGCAGAAAUCUGUUUAUAAUCUUCCUCCUCGAAAGUUCCCUGCAGCUAUAUAUGAAGUGUUUUAGUGUCCUUCAGCUCAUUGUUUUGGUUUUAUACUCUGCAACAUUACUUGUUUUGUUCACUCUCACCAUUCAUAAUCUUGUUUUCAGCCCAAAACAGUCCUAAAAAAAAAACCCCAAUAUACACUUCUUUCCCAACACUAAACUGCAGCCAGACGAAAAUAGCAACCAGCCUGUGAACAUAGUGGACUAUUUAGCAGCUGAAAUGUCAGAUAUUUGUUCAGGAGGAGGUGGACAGCAGAAUCUAAAAAGCUAAAAAAUAGUUCAUAUUAUCCGGUCCAUUAAGAGGCCUUGAUUUGAAUGUAGUGACGAUGUGUUUUCUGCAUUUGGAGGAUCUGAUCAGUGCAGCUUUUUGCAAUGUCCCCGUGACCAAAAACACAUGUGAUGCAGGUUCAAAGGUCAAGUAACCAGUGGGUAGCAAGUUAAGUCCUGCUGCAGUGCUUAUUUGCAGUUUAACAAACCUUAUGCACUGAUUUAUGACGGUGGUUAAACUGCUCACCAGAACUUCCCUUAUACUUUGUACAUUUUUAAAAAUCAGCUGUUUUUUUUUUUCUUCUUUUUUCAAUCAAGUGGGGUUAAAUGAAAAUGUUGACUGGAUUCUAAAUUCGCCUGAUUUGCAUUUUGUCAUGCAGCGGCUGGACACAGCUGGGCUGCUCUUCCCACCCUGAGUAAUAAGCCCACGUUGCCUCGAGGGGAAUGAAGCAAACCACGAACACUUCCACCCGCCUCCUUACAAUACUGUAUUAAACUGUGUAAUGUGUGUUUGUGUUCAUUGUGCAUGUUGAUCAAUCCUGUACAUUACUGUAUGUGACUGACACUGUGUGUACACCUUAAAAUACAAAUGGCACUCUGUCUAACAGUAUCACUGUAACUAUAACUGCUCUGUUGGUGUUGUUAGCUAACCUACCUUUAUCCUCUCACGCAAGUUUUUUGUUUCCUUUUGUUUUUUUUUUUUGCAAUUGUCGUCAUUGCACUGGAUGUGUCUAAGAGAAAAUGAGCAGAAAGGCAAAAACGUCUGGGGGAAGAAAAAGGCAGUGAAACAAACAAACAGAUGCAGACGCUGAAAGGCGAACAGGAUGGAGGUCGGGGGGAUGAAAAGAGGGAGGUCUUCUGCCUUUGUUUUUUUGUUUUCCAGUGCCUUGGCUCUGUGCUCUGUGGUGAAAUACACUGCCGUUUGCUGACACGCUGUUUCUUUAUUUUCUCAGUGUGGCCAUCUUUGUGUGUUUGAGUGUGUAUGCGGUAAAGCAAGAGGUCGGGACCCUCUGAGCUGGAAAGCGAAGAGUGGUAGAAAGAUUAGCGGGGGAGAUGUGAGGAUUUUUAAGAAAUGUUUUUGAGCUCUGAAGGAGAAAUGCGGGGGGGAAAUAAAUUCAAAUAUGUUUUUCCUAAUGUCCUGGGGCCGUUUAAUCAGUAUUUAUGAACACGAGAAGCUCUCUUGCGAAGCCAGAGAGUUGAAGCUCCUGAUAAGUAAUGUCAUACUGAUCUACAGCCUAGGCUAACUGUGGGCCCUCAUUCCACAUAAUGUAAUAUGAGGCUCAUCAGGCAGAGCUAUCAGAGCACUGGGCAUGAGAGUAAAGCUGAAGUCGGGCGAUAUCUCUGUUACCCAGCAGAGUCUGACCUUUGCUUUGGCUUUUAAUCAGAGGAGCUCUGCUGCAUAACAGACUCCAAGUCUCGGGAGAGAGGGAGGGAGCCUAGAAACAACUAGACCAGAGUUUUAGUGUUGUUUUAGAAAUCACGGGUUAACAUAGAUUUAUUUACACAGGAAGUAAGCAGAAUGUAAUUUAAGGUCCACUCAGGCACGCUGCAGAAAUGACUGUGGCAGCCCUAAGAGAGCUCUGACUAUGAAAAAAACACUGAAAUGACCUUGUGAAUGGGUAGGCACAGACUGGGGGAGGGACAAAGGGAGGAAGAGGGAAUACAGGGAAAAGUAAGAGGAUAGAGGGAGAGAGGAGAAGGGGGAGGAGGUCAUGUUUCCUCUGUUGAGCCCACUUCCUGUCCUGAUCCCAAAAUGGAGAGACUAAGAACGACAUCGCCUCGGCCUGUUUCGAUCACCACCCCCCCCUCCCCUCGCUCCCCCACCACCACCCACCUCCCACUCCCAACACACACAAGUACACACAAGCUCACAUCAGAGAAAACUAAACCAGCCUCCUCCAUACAAAGGAGAUGAGAGGAAAAAGCAGGGAGCAGAAGAAUAUAUCCCCAGUGGUCUCUGAAACAUAAGGAAGCAUUCGUUUAUAGAAGCUGAGAGGCGCAGGACAUUUCGUCCUCACAUUUCACCAGCAUUUGUGUUUGAUCUGUAGCCUAUGUACUGCGUGUGAGAAUGUGUAUCUGUGCUAAACUGUAUGCUGUAGUCAACACCACUAGGCCUAUGCAGGAUAUUCUUACAGUUGAACGCUAAUCUGUCCCCAGAGGAGUUUAUUUCACAUAUUAGGUAUGAAAUCGGUAAUCCCACGUACCAGAGUAUAUAAUUGAUUAGAGAGACAAAACAAAAGGCAUCUACCACAUAAUAAACAUAGCAUGGCCUCUAUGGAUGGCUUUCUCCUUCUUAGCAACUCUGUGAGUGAUUUUUUUAUUUAUUUAUUUGUUUUUUAACAGGUCAUCCAUGUGCAUACUAGAGCUAGGGUGGCCGCUUUGAUUGACAGGUGACCCUAUGCAGGGAGCUGUUGCUGACCUUUGUCAGCUUGUCCUCAAAUCUGCCGAUUUAAGUCCCCGUAAUUGUCCUGUUGGUGCCUUUUGUAGCAUUGUAGCAUAGCACUGCUAUGAGGUACAGUCCAGCCAAGAAAUCUGUCUUACAGUUUUGGUUAAAAAAUUGUAUUUUAUUAGUGUGUUACUUAGCACUAUUUAGCAUAUGUGUGUGUCUGUGCAUUGCUAACCAAGCUUGCCUUAGCUGAUAAUGUCAUACUGCACCCUUUCUAAACAUGGUAACUUCUAAAACCAGUGUGUGAUGUUACAUGAUGUUUUUACAGGACACAUGUAUGGGGCUGAAUAAUGAGCCAAUACCUGCAGUUCCCUUAAUGGCCACUUGAGGCAGAUAAUGCGAGUCAAAUCCAAAUUGAUAGCAGAAAUAAACAUGAUUACAGGCUGGUGCAACAAACAGCUCACCGAUAGGUGGAGGGAGAUUGUGUUUUCCCAUCCAUCUGUCUGUCCGCAAUAUAACUCAAAAUUUAUGAAACUUGGUGGAAAUAUUCCUUAGGGGCCCAAGAACAUA